UCUCCUGCCAUUUCCGUCGGCUCGCAGUUAGAGAUCGCUGUCGGUUUUCCCGUUCUCUUGCUGUGCUUUCCGCAGAAGAAACAUAAAAGCUCGUCAGUAUGGGGAAGGAAAAGAUUCACAUUAACAUUGUAGUCAUUGGUCACGUAGAUUCUGGCAAGUCCACUUCUACUGGUCACUUGAUCUACAAAUGUGGGGGUAUCGACAAACGUACUAUUGAAAAAUUCGAGAAGGAGGCCCAAGAAAUGGGCAAGGGUUCCUUCAAAUACGCGUGGGUCUUAGACAAAUUGAAGGCUGAACGUGAACGUGGUAUCACUAUUGACAUUGCCUUAUGGAAAUUUGAAACCGCAAAAUAUUACGUUACCAUUAUUGAUGCCCCCGGACACAGAGAUUUCAUUAAGAACAUGAUUACGGGCACUUCUCAGGCCGAUUGUGCAGUUCUAAUUGUGGCUGCUGGCACCGGUGAAUUCGAGGCUGGUAUUUCUAAAAAUGGACAGACCCGAGAACACGCCCUUUUGGCCUUCACUCUAGGGGUAAAACAACUUAUCGUAGGCGUGAACAAGAUGGACUCCACCGAACCCCCGUACUCCGAGGCUCGUUUUGAGGAAAUUAAGAAGGAGGUUUCUUCCUACAUCAAGAAGAUUGGUUAUAACCCAGCUGCCGUUGCUUUUGUACCAAUCUCUGGAUGGCACGGUGAUAAUAUGUUGGAGCCCUCCGAUAGGAUGCCUUGGUUCAAGGGAUGGAGUGUCGAACGCAAAGAGGGCAAGGCCGAGGGCAAGACUUUGAUUGAAGCUCUAGACGCCAUUCUGCCUCCUUCUCGUCCAACGGAAAAACCACUCCGCCUUCCGCUGCAAGACGUCUACAAAAUUGGAGGUAUCGGUACUGUACCAGUCGGUAGAGUCGAGACCGGAGUCUUGAAACCCGGUAUGGUAGUGACUUUUGCUCCGGUGGGUCUGACCACUGAAGUCAAGUCAGUAGAAAUGCAUCACGAAGCUCUGCAAGAGGCUGUGCCCGGAGACAACGUUGGCUUUAACGUUAAGAAUGUCUCCGUCAAGGAACUGCGUCGCGGCUAUGUCGCCGGCGAUUCCAAGAACAAUCCCCCCAGGGGAGCAUCCGAUUUCAUCGCUCAAGUAAUCGUUUUGAACCACCCCGGACAGAUCGCCAACGGCUACACUCCCGUGUUGGAUUGCCACACGGCCCACAUCGCCUGCAAAUUCGCCGAGAUCAAGGAGAAGUGCGACCGUCGUACCGGCAAGACCACCGAGGAGAAUCCGAAGGCUAUAAAAUCGGGCGACGCGGCCAUCGUCAACCUGGUUCCGACCAAGCCCAUGUGCGUGGAGUCAUUCCAAGAGUUUCCGCCGCUGGGUCGAUUUGCCGUACGCGACAUGCGGCAGACCGUUGCCGUAGGAGUAAUAAAAUCGGUGACCUUCAAAGACACGACCGGUAAAGUAACGAAGGCCGCCGAGAAAGCCCAAAAGAAGAAAUAACUAGGCAUAGCCAAGCGUUCUGCCAAGGGCCCCAAGAAAAUCUUCAUCAACAAUUAUUAUUUGUUCUCUAGGUGGCUACAGCAGAAUUAUUUUCAUCGCAAGGAGUUCAGGAGGAAAAAUAUUUUAUUCUCAUUUCUGUUAGGUUUAUUAAUUUAUUGUAAUAUUUUGUUUAGUUUGUUUUUUAUUUUAUGGGAUGAGAGCAUUUCAGAUAGGAUAAGUUACUUUAAUAUUGAUAUUAUUUGUUAUUUCUUUUUGUUAACUUGAUGAAUGAUAGACUUGAAUACAAAUUUAUGUAAAAGCUUCUUCGAGUAUAACCAAUAAAGAAGCUUUCGAAUGAA